AUGACAGAUCCCAAAACUUUAGUUUCCUCAACAGAUGGAAUUUUCAGUUUAGGCUUCUUCAGCCCUGGUGAUUCUCGGAAUCGUUGCUUGGGAAUUUGGUACACCAAUAUUCCAGAGAAAACCAUAGUAUGGGUUGCAAAUAGAGAUGAUCCAGUGACUGAUUCUUCCGGAGUUUUAAGAAUUGCCGAUGACGGAAAUCUUCUAGUUAUCAAGAACGGUUCUGAAAGGAAAUGGAGAAGUGGUCCAUGGAUGCAACUCAAGGAGGAGACACGAGGGGAGUUUGCAAAAGAUUAUCCAUUUAGGACUAGCUUGAAUCUAUUCAGAGAUCCUACAAAAGGUACUGUUUAUUUAACCAUAUCCAAUGAAAAUAAUGCUUCCGCAUUGAGGUUAAUCUUAGAUGCAAAUGGACAAUUGCGAGAAAAACAAUGGGAUGAGACGAAGAAAGAAUGGCGCAACAAUUGGUCAUCACCGGUUACAGAGUACUGUGAGGAUUAUAACAAAUGCGGACCUUUUGGAGCUUGUAACCCAGACAGUUCACCAAUCUGUAGAUGUUGGACAGGGUUCAAACCCAAGUUCAUAAAUGAAUGGAAUCAUGGGAAUUGGUCAGGUGGAUGUGCACCGAGUAAAGAAUUGCAGUGUGAAAAAACCAGCAAUGAAACUACAAGGAAGGGAACAGAUGUGUUUGAGGAAUCGCAUGUUGAAAAAUUGCCUGAUUAUUCUAUUUCGCUGGAAGGCGUAAACACUGAUAUGCAGUGCAAAGAGUACUGUUUGAACAACUGUUUACCUGUUUGA